AUGCAAAAUUCGUCCGUAAAUAACACUAUAAUUCAAUCGAAAUCUGUUGGAAAAUGCAUCAGACAGACAUUAGUAUUGUGUGAUAAGGCGGAUCUGCUGAUUAAUGAUGACUUUCAAACGCUCAUGCCUCCCGAUAUGCAUUCACUGCGAUCCAGGGUCAUAAAGUUAUGCAAAACAAUAUUUAUCGAUCUGGAAUGGAGUCGCCGAAUUCUUGAUAGAGUAUGGAAAAGCUGCUACUAUGCGGUGAUAUGCCGCAUACGAAGGGCUGCCUUGAGUGUGGAACAGAAGAACUGGACUGAAAUGUUGAUUUCGAAAUUUGUUAAAGAAUUAUGUGUUUUUGCAAAUGACUUUCCACAUUUACGUUCAUCGGCAUGUUUGUACAUCGGGGAUUUGCGUCGCUAUGCGUGGCUGAUCUCUGGUGUGGAAAAAUAUAGAAAUUUAGCACUGCUUUGUUACCGGAAAUCGGUCAAAUUAGAUGAAAAGAAUGGAAUUGCAUUGAAUCAGCUUGGUCUUCUGGUUCAAGAAACUAAUCCAACUUGUGCUUUACUCUAUUUUCUGCUAGCUGAUAAUGCAUCAUUGCCUUUUGACGGUGCCUACACAAAUGUUAUUAGUUUGUUAAAGCGAGAAGAGCAGAAAGAAGAUCCUACAGUAGCUAUUCUUGAGCAUUGCUUCACAUGCUUCAGGCAGCCGUAUUUUGAGGAACUUUCGACGAAGUGGUCGGAAUACAUAAUGUCGCAGUUAGAAACUCGACAUGCAUUUCAUGUUGCUUUGUCGAUUAAUGUCAUCAUCCUGGCGGCUACAACUUCGUUAAAAAGAGGGAAAGAAAUAGAGUUGCAGUCUCUAAGCAAGUUGUUCUUUCGAAUUUCAAGACUUUUGAUUCGAAAUUUGGAAGAAUGGUGUGUAAUAGAAGCUGAAGGAGCUGAUUUACGAAGGCGCCGAGCUUCAUCUUCUGAUGGAAGUGUAGAAGAGACUAAAAUAGCAGAAAAAGAAAAAAGACACUGCUCGCGGUCCUCCUCAUUGGAAAAAGAUGUGGUUUCGGAGGAGGAUGAAAUAGCAGUGGAUACGGAUGAAAUAAUGGUGGAAAUGGAUGAAACAGUGAUGAAAGCAGAUGAAUCAAGUUUUAGUAAACGGAAUAAUGAUACACAACAUAGAGUCCAAACGCUUCUUGUUGCUUUACUUCAUGCAGCAACUUCUUUAGCUCCGCAUGUGUGUAACGACAGAGUACCAUCAGCACUUCACUGUCAAUAUGAAGAUUUCUGCCAACAGUUGGUUCAGUUUUUGAAUCUUUUGGAACUGCAUUUAGAGGGUAAAUCGGAGAACUUGUGGCAGCUUGGUGGCUUAACUCCGUGGUGUUUGCUACCACGCUUUUUGCAAGGUUUUGUCAAAUCUUCGCAUACUCCUGUUGAAUUUGCUGAAUUUUUUGUAUAUACUCCGAAGAAUUCAAUAAAGGAAAGUAAAAUGAAAAGUAUGGCAAAACUGUGGUUGGCACACGACACCGAAAAGGAACAGAUUCGGACCUCUCUACCAUUAUAUGUUGUUCCACAAGAGGAUGUUUUACUGCAACGACUGGAAGUCAUGAAAAAGAUCCUAAAGAAGGACAAGCUAAUAGUGGCCAUAGCAGAGGGUACAUUUCGAAGUUUGGAUAUGAAAAAGGAUAAAGCAGAAGUACGAAAAGCGCUGCGUUGGAUCAAUACGCAUAUAUCAAAAGAUGGCCGUCUACGAAUUAUACCAUGUUCAACACCGGAAAUGUGUGCAGAGAAGUUGGUAACGCAAGCACCGACCACAUCCACUGUAUUCGUUACGGUGCUUACAUUAUUAAUGAUUGGAACUAAUAGAGUCAUCAAACCGAUAACGGUGGAAAACGUUGAAGAUUUUUGUGCUCGAUAUGACAAAGCUGAGAAGGAUUUCUUGCUGUGCCGUUGA